CAAUUUCUAACAAAAUGAAAUUCGUAUUACUUUUUUUGCCUUUUCUUGUACAUAUUGCAAGUGGACGCAUAGUGAGUCAAGUUGCAUGGGACACAAUAAAAAAUCUUUUGGGCGACGGUCACGAUGAGUGCAUGGAAGAAUCUGGAGCGACCAAAACUUCAUUACUCGAUUUUUUAAAUUGGGCAAAGAACAGCGAUCCCAAAUUAAAGGAUUACCUCACUUGCAUGUUCAAAUUAGCAGGCUUAGAAAACGAGGAUGGCACAAUUCAAAAGAUACCGCUGGAAAAUAUGAUGGACACUUUCUUGAACAAUAAGUAUAAAGUAUCCACGCUGUUCAAAAAAUGUAAAACUGUUGCAAAAUCUACUGCUUUUGCUAUGCUUAAUUGUUUGUUAAGCAAUGAAAGGUUUUAACUAUUAU